CUGAAUACGCAGCGGCGGCGAGAGCGGUACUUAAGUACUAUAUAUAUAUAUCAACCAAACUGAAAUCGGGCAGUAACGAAAGCAAUUGAAACAGUUGUGAAUAUGGUGACAUUUGUAAAUAUUUAAUUACCACGCCGCAUUAAGAACGGCCCAGCCGUAAUAGUGAUAGAACGUUGCAUACAACCUACAACCUCACCUCAAAUACAGCCUCCACUGCCAACUCUCAGCGAAGAGUGUUUGUCUCAAAAUAAAUAAAUUAUUUAUUUAUUUAAAAAGUAUUACCUAAAAAUCAGUCAUCAUGAAGCUGGUGUGUUGCGGUGGCAAUAAUGGAUCCAUUGACAUGGACGGCAAAAAUUCCACAAAAGAAGAUGAAGCCGUGGGCAAACAUUCCGGCUUGGGAGUGCGUCACCUCCAGGUCUUCCUGCUCUUCUUCGCCCUUACUGUGGCCUAUGCCCUGCGAGUGAACCUCUCCGUGGCCGUGGUGGCCAUGACCGAUGCUGCCUCCGUGAAUCCAGAUUUCCCUGAGUACGAUUGGUCGGAGAAGACGAAAUCCCUGCUGCUGAGUAGUUUCUUCUGGGGCUACGUGGUCACCCAAGUGCCAGCUGGUCAGUUGGCCCGCAAAUAUGGUGGCAAAGUGAUGAUCCUUACUGGUCUGUCCAUCUGCUCGAUCCUGAAUGUCCUGACACCCAUUUGCGCCAGGAUUGGAGGAUGGCAGCUGGUUUGCGCCCUGCGAGUUGUAGAGGGUCUGUGCCAGGGAGUCGUUUUUCCCUCAACCCACACGAUCCUGUCCCAAUGGGCGCCGCCCAAGGAGAGAGCCACUUUGGGAACAUGUGCCUACUCGGGUAACCAGUUCGGAACGAUUCUCAUGUUGGCCACCAGUGGAGUUAUUGCAGCCUCGCCAAUCGGAUGGCCCAGCAUCUUCUACAUCUCCGGAGGAAUCGGUUGUGUCUGGUCGGUGGUGUACUUCUUCUUCGGAGCAGGAUCUCCAUCUGAAUGCAAGAGCAUCUCGGCAGAAGAAAAGAAACUGAUUGAGAUGUCGCAGGCCAGCGAAGUUAGUGGUGCCCAGGAACUGCCCAAGGAACAGCUGUCCACGCCCUGGAUGAGCUUCUUCACCUCGCCCGCCUUCCUUGUCCUGAUCGUGGCUCACUCGGUCCACAACUGGGGUUUCUGGACUCUGCUUACCGAGAUUCCCAGCUACAUGAAGAACGUCCUGGGCAAGGACAUCAAGUCAAAUGCCCUGCUCUCCUCGCUCCCCUACGUCUGCAUGUUCGUCAUGUCCUUUGUGUUCUCAACGAUAUCCGCCCAGUUGAACAACCGAAACUGCAUCUCCACAGUAACCAGCAGGAAGCUCUUCAACUCCAUUGGUCUCUGGAUUCCCAUGAUCACGUUGAUUUGCUUAGGUUACGUGGACACGGAUGAGUCGCAGCUGGCCGUAGUGCUGCUCUGCUUUACCGUGGGUAUGAAUGGAGCCACCUAUCUGGGUUACAACAUGAACCACAUCGAUCUGUCGCCGAACUUCGCUGGAAUUCUCAUGGGCAUCACCAACGGAGUGGCCAACAUCAUGAGCAUCAUUGCCCCACUGAUCGUCGGAUUCAUUGUCACAGAUGAGCACGAUCCCGAGCAGUGGCGCAUUGUGUUCUUCAUUGCCGCCGGCUUCUAUCUGGUGGGCAACAGUCUCUUCGUGAUCUUCGGCAAGGCCAAUGUGCAGCCCUGGAACGAUCCCCCGGCAAAGCCUCGUCGCAACUCCACUCCCCAGGUGGAGUCGCAGCACUAGACGGACGCGGGGGGCUUGAGUUUAGUGAAAAUGGGUACAGAAACCGCUAGUCAGCAAGUUCCGUUCUCCUCCGAAAUAAACCCAAAAACUAUCAAUCCUAAAUGCAACCAGGUGCAAUGCAUUCUCGCAUUGGCCGUGUGUAUAUUUGUAAAUUGUAUUUGUUAAAUGUGACUACAUUGUAUUUGCAUUCCACUCGUGUUAAGUUCUAGUUAGUAAAGCCUAAUUGAUAAGAUCAAACAUGCGAAAAAAAGUAAACAAUAAAAAAUGCAUGUAAAACAUGUGCAAGGAAAA